AAGUUUUGAUUUUCUAACGUUCAACAUCACCAAAUUUAUUCUUGAGACCAUCAACCACCAAGCGUCAAGGUAAGAUUUACGACCUUCACGAUGGCCUCAAGACCGACUGUCACCAUCAUCAGCAAGGAUGGUACUCCCUCGGGAGCUACCCAUCCCAUUCCCGCCGUAUUCGCCUCCCCCAUUCGACCCGAUAUCGUCCAGCAAGUCCACACUGGAAUUGCCAAGAACAAGCGACAGCCGUAUGCCGUGAGCGAGAAGGCUGGUCAUCAGACCUCAGCUGAAUCUUGGGGAACUGGUCGUGCUGUUGCCCGUAUUCCCCGUGUCUCGGGUGGUGGUACUCACCGUGCUGGUCAGGCCGCCUUCGGUAACAUGUGCCGUUCCGGUCGCAUGUUCGCCCCUACCAAGAUCUGGAGAAAGUGGCACAUCAAGGUCAACCAGGGCCAGAAGCGAUUCGCUACUGCCUCUGCCCUUGCCGCUUCCGCCGUUCCCCCUCUAUUGCUCGCCCGUGGUCACCAAGUUUCCUCCGUUCCCGAGGUUCCUCUCGUCAUUGACUCCGCCGCUUUCGAGGGUGGUGCUGCCGCUAAGACUGCCGGUGCUCUCGCUAUCCUGAGCGCUGUUGGCGCCGCUGCCGAUAUCGAGAAGGCCAAGAAAUCGAAGAAGCUCCGUGCUGGUAAGGGUAAGCUAAGAGGCCGCCGCCACCGCCAGCGACGUGGACCUCUGGUCAUCUACGACCCCGAGGUCGAUGGCAAGGAGCUCGUUACCGGAACCCGCAACCUUCCCGGUGUUGAGACUUGCUCUGUCUUCGCCCUUAACCUUCUCCAGCUUGCCCCUGGUGGUCAUCUCGGCCGAUUCAUCGUCUGGACCUCGGCAGCUUUCAAGGCUCUUGACAAGAUCUACGGUACCACCACCAAGCCUUCUGAGUUGAAGAAGGACUUCCUUCUGCCCUCCAACCUGGUUGCCCAGGCCGACUUGAGCCGUCUAAUCAACAGCUCCGAAAUCCAGAGUGUCCUUGAGGCUCCCAAGGGUGGUCCCCUAACCAAGCGUGCUGGUGUUCAGAAGAACCCUCUACGCAACAAGCAGGUCAUGCUGCGCUUCAACCCUUACCACUCCACAUUCGUAAAGGACAAGCUCGGCCAGCAGAAGGCAGCCGAUGGCAAGCCUCCUAAGGCCCCGAAGUCCUUCCUGGAGGUAUUGCGUGAGGAUUAGACUAGCUUGGUGAGCAGCGUAGUCUAGCAGGGGGGAAAUGGGUGCAUCGGUUGUUAUAUCACGGCGUAAUGGAUCAUAGGGUCUUAUGAAUCAAUGGACAUUCUCAUUCUGACGCCAGAUUUUCCCGCCUAAAGGAUAAUCCAUGGUUUAUCAUUACUUCGUCGAAAAGUGACCAGUGAAAUAGCUUAACAUUUUGUAAAUUUGCAAGCCGUAGACCUUAAUGACUCU